CCGACGUAUUUGGUAUCUGAUGACAUUCACCGGUGAAAGUCGACAUUUUCCAAUUUCGGUCAUUCACGGUAACAUCACCACUCUUUGAAUCUUGUAUUUAAUGGCAACAUCUUAAAAGAGCGCGAGAAUAAAACUCCGUCGCUUCUGACACUUAACUUGAACUUUCAUUUGACGUUUUCACGAUGACAACUGUCAAUCGGUUAUUAAGAACGAAAGAAGAUGCGAAUAAAGUCCUAGAGCUGGCAAAACUAGACCCGUUGAGUUUUACUGGAGUAACGCAGGUUCUAUACUCCAAUACACAUGAGAAUGCAUCUUUGAAAUUGUUGGAAUUGGAUACUCACUUGCUCGAGGUAUUGAGUGAAGGAGACACCUUAUCGUUUCGAGGGAAUAAACACGACCCCGCUGUUCUCUGUACAAAGAAUCGCACGUAUGACUUAAAAGCAGCAGAAACGUCUAAUUCUUUGCUAGUGGUUUCGAAUAUGAAAUUUGCAGAACAGACAAGCCUUGUUAAUACUAAUCAUCAAGUUGUGGAAAGAUGUGAUGUUCAGGGAAUCUUUCAUACGUAUUUUGAGGUACGGGAGUGUAAACCAAAAUUGAGUCGAUUACGUGAUCUUUUGGAGCCAUCGUCAUUUAAAGGAAUGGAAUAUGAAAAAAAUAUCGAGCCUGAAACACUUUACAAUUGGGAUAGGUUACAAAAUGAAAUGCAAGCUAGCGAAGAAGAAUUGAAACAGGCUUUAAAUGAAUAUUUCAUCGUACCUAUGAAUGGUUAUAUGCGUCUUAUAUCAUUCGAGUAUGAAGCGAGAGCUUUAUCCUUUAUAUUAGAUUAUGUUGGAGAAAAUUCAUGGGAGUUUGACGAAGUAGAUAGAGAAGAUACUUAUGAAUCCUUAAAAGAACUUAUUCCCAAGACUGUUUUUGAUGUCAUUUUCAAGAAAUAUACAGAACCAAGUAUCAAAACGAAAAAGGAUGGUACUUCCUUGUACAGGUUAAAUGAAGAAAAGACCUGUAAAUUCCUAGCGCAAUUGUUACUUAGUGCAUCACCAGUUAACGAUUAUGUACAGUUUAUGGAAGCAUGGCGAAUAGGGGUGCCAGAAAAAAUGUCCGUGAAGAAGGAAUAUUUAAAUGGAAUAGCCUUAAUUGUACCCAAUAAAGGGAAAAUGAAAAAAGACGUGAUCGCAUUUCCAGAAUACAAGUUACCAAAUAAUAUAAAGGACAGAUUAAAAGAACUGUUCAAAGUAAAGGAAAAGUGGACAAUAGAAGAAAUAUCACCAUAUUUAUCGAACGUGGCUACGUACAAAAUGGACGUGAAAGCCAUAUUAACAAAAUUUACUAGAUCUUCCACAGUGAAUGGAGUUAGAUAUUACAGUGCCAAAUACGGCAAAUAGCUUCACCUACUGAUGCUUGUAUAGUAUAAUGAGCUGGAGUACUACAAGUGAUGACAAUAGUUAACGCAUUACACAGCCCAUUACGAUUAAUUCCUAGGAACUGAGAAAACACGGCCUCGUGCAUGAACUGCUGAUAGUAUUUCACAGUGUAUGGAAUAAAGUUUCAUACUUGACCAACACACUGUCGCAUCUUUCAUAAGUGUUCUGACUUGAAGAAAGUUUCGAAAAUACCAUAAAAAUACCAUAUGAAGGUUACGUAAUACAUGUAUACCGAGGGACAUAUAUAAAGCUAUAAAUCCGUUGGUUCCAGGAUAACGGUGUCGGGGAUGCGGCAGCCGAACGAGAGGAAAACGCAGUCUUGUUCCGAGUUACACUUCUAGACUACUACCCAUCGCUAAUUAUUCUACGCGUAACAUUCCGUUAGCAGUCAAACCUUUCUAAAAACGCGGUGUAAGUGCAGUUUAUUGGACCUGGAAUUCACACCUAGGCGUUUGUUUUUUCAGGCCUAGCCUGGAAGCAGACAGAAGACGUGUAUUUCGGAUUUGUGUAUAACAAGCCCUUAAUGCUUCAACAGGGUAUACUUAUAACCAUGUGUAUAAAUGCUUCGUAUGAAUUACCCGUCUAAAUAGCGGUAUCGGUUCUUUCUUUCGUUUCGAAGUGUCCUACAUUGUAAUUGCUGCAAAAACGACAAUCUCGAGAAUGAAAUGAUUCGCCUUAAUACAAACAAUCGUCAAUUCUUUACUUUAUACAACAUACAUCAUGCGAUUGUACGGAGUUGCCUAUAUUAUCAGUAACGUGUACGAGUCUUCUUUGCCGAAAAACAGCACUGCAAAAAUGUAAAUCCUACUAAAAGGAAAUAAGACAUUAAGUGAUUUAAAUGCUACGGUGGCGCCUGCGGGCCUUCCUUAAUAUUUAUAUAUAAUUUAUUUAUAAAUAUAUUUAUAUAUUUAUAUAUAUAGAACUAUCUGACUACCUUACAGGGUGACGCAAAGGAGAAUGAUUUUGUAUAGAUUAAUCCUUUAUAAAAAUUCUAAAUACUUGUUAAAGCUUCCUUUCGCUCUCGGUUGUUGGCUUGGACAGUCUACUCGAGCAUUUUUGGUUGAAGUCGUUUAUGCUUUGAGUGCACAAUCUUGAAUAGCAAGUUAAUACUUACUCGUGUAUUCGUUAUAAAAUGCCUCCUACGUCACCCUGCGCAUUGGCGACUGUCACAUGUGUAACAAAUGAUAACUGAAUUACCCUAAAACUUUGGAGGGGUUACCGCUGUAGCUGUAAUUUAGUAUAAUAUAUGCUUAGAAACAGUGACGAUCUUUUUAUCGCUAUGUCUAAUGAAUACUGUCCUUAUCUAUAAGUACGUUGAAACAAAGUGGCUCGUUUGCAAAUGUGUACAAAAGUUCAACUUGUAGCAAUAUAGUUAUCUUACCGAUGUGGUGGUAACAACCAAUCGGAAUUAAGAUGCAGACCAAA